GAGAGAUGGUAAACUAUAGUUUGUUGACGUGUAAAUGAGCUGGCAAAGAAUAUUAUAAUCGUUUUUGGCCAAUAAAUAAAAAUCAAACGCAAUUAUCCAACCUUUUGUCUCUGAACUUUCCGUUUGCAAUUGCCGUCCGAAUCAACGAGAAGCUUGUAAAGGCAUUUAAUUGUUUGAUGGAACAACCCAGUAACGAUAUCUCUCAAGAACAAGCUCGUGAGUCUCUAAUUGCUAUCUCCUACACUUCACCAGAGGAGGUUGAAGACUCUCUAACGCCCUCAGAUGUGAAACCUGUCGUCAGUACCACAAACGGAGUCACCAAAACGAACUCUGAAGUCGCGGAAAAGCUCAGAUCUGAGCUGAUCUCCAUCUCCUACGACGAGUCACCGUCCCCCUCACCUGAUGUACCUGCUGUUUCUCCGACCUUGCCCAACGGUGUCUGAUAUAAGUAACUGUACAGAUCAAAGUCUGUUCCUUUUCCAUGCGUACAACUUUGGUUUGGUCUAAAAAGUAGACCAUUGUGAUAUCUUAACGUUUUCUUUCAUGUUUCUUGUUUGUGUUGUUUAAAGUUAAAAGCUCUCUUGAGUCUUAUUUGAA